AGUCUCUUGACAUUUUCUUGAUUUACUUAUUUAGAGAAAGCGAUAAAUCACCAGAAAAGCUCUGCUUGUGAAAGAGAAAAAGAGCUCUCAGAGAAAAUCGCCAUGGCGUCAAAGCUCGUGAUCAUCAUUGUGUUCAUUCUAGAUCUCAUCGCUGUUGGAUUAGCCAUUGCCGCCGAGCAAAGAAGAAGUGUCGGGAAAGUUGUGCCAGACAAGGAGAAGGUAUACGAGUACUGUGAGUAUGGCUCAGACAUAGCUACAAGUUAUGGAGCUGGUGCAUUUGUGCUUCUCUUCACCAGUCAAGUCAUUAUUAUGGUGGCUAGCCGGUGCUUCUGCUGCGGCAAGGCUCUUAACCCCGGUGGCUCAAGAGCUUGUGCCAUCAUGCUCUUCCUCAUUUGCUGGGUGUUCUUCUUGAUUGCUGAGGUAUGUUUGCUCGCGGCAUCAAUCAGAAACGCGUACCACACUAAGUACAGGAACAUGUGGAACAUCAAUGAGCCUCCAAGCUGUGAAGUGAUCCGUAAAGGAGUGUUUGCAGCUGGUGCUUCAUUCGCACUCUUCACUGCUAUCGUUUCUCAGUUCUAUUACGUUUGCUAUUCUCGUGCCCGAGAUGAUUACAAAAACCCACCUUACUAGUGAGAUCCAGACAAGAAAAAAAAACAUAAACCCUGAAACUGUUUGUCCAUUUGAUUCCCUCACUGAUCUUUAGGUUAUUAAAAAUUCGAUGAUGUUAGUGAUUUGCUUCUUGCUUGUAUUCGUUUGUGAAUCACAUUGCCUUUUGGUUUGUUGUGAUGUAUAAAUUCCUUAUAUAAUAUAGACAGCUAUUCUACAUU